AUGGCGGAUUCAAAGGCAUUAGUGAAGAUAAAAGAUGGCGUACCUGGAGCUGUGGUCUGUCCGAUGUUGACAACGUCGAACUACACAGUUUGGGCAAUGAGGAUGAAAGUUCUUCUGCGUGUUCAUAAGGUUUGGGAAACAAUUGAGCUAGGAACAGAAGACGACGAGAAAAAUGAUGUAGCAACAGUACUUCUGUUCCAGUCGAUACCUGAAGGACUGAUUUUGCAAGUUGGAGACCUAGGUUCCCCUAAGGUGAUAUGGGAAGCUAUUAAGACAAGAAACCUAGGAGCAGAACGAGUUAAAUCAGCCCGUCUCCAAACAUUGAUGAAUGAGUUCGAUCGUAUGAAGAUGGAGGACUCCGACUCUAUUGAUACGUUCUCAGGAAAGAUAUCAGAACUUGCUUCUAAGGCGGCAUCGUUAGGUCAAAGUAUUGAAGGACCAAAGGUCGUGAAGAAGUUCCUUAAUAGCCUACCUCCGAAAUUCAUUCAUAUGACAGCAUCUUUAGAGCAGUUGUUAGACUUAGAGACGACUAGCUUUGAAGACAUUAUCGGAAGACUUAAAGCUUAUGAAGAACGUAUAAAAGGGUAUGAACCGUUUGAGCAACAAGGAAGUCUUCUGUACUCAAAUUCUGAGAAGUCAUAUGAUCAAAGAGGGUCAGAUAAUGGAGGAAGAGGCAGAGGCCAAAACAGAGGACAUGGACGAGGUAACAGAGGCAGAGGUCGUGGCAGGAGCAACACACACGAGAAAAGUAAAGAGAAGGAGGACUAUUCUCAGAUCGUGUGCUAUAACUGCAAGAAGAAGGGACACUUUGCAUCUGUGUGUACUGAAAAGAAAGACGAGGAAGAGCUCAACAAAGCAGAGACAGAAGUUGCGGAUAAAGCACUAUAUAUGCAUGAGGUAGUGUUUCUUAAUGAAGGCAAGGUCAUGCCUAAGAGGCUCGAGUCAGACACGAAGGAAGACGGUGUCUGGUAUUUAGACAAUGGCGCUUGA